AUGAUAAGUCGCGAAACAGCCGUACACGCUAGACCGGUGCGUGAAAUCCGUGACGCCAGCGCUGGGGGUGCCGACGAAUACGCGCGCCACGAGGCACAAGCCCACUUCAGUAUCGUCGCUGUCCACGGCCUCGGCGGCAACGCCAUCGACACCUGGACACACCCAAAAUCGGAGGCCUUCUGGUUGAAAGAUUUUCUCCCCAAACAAAUUCCCGAUGCUCGCAUCAUGACCUUCGGCUACGAAGCCGCUGUGGCAUUUGGACAAUCAACGGCAGAGGUGAUAGAUUGUGCUAAAGGCCUACUUAGCAGUUUGGUGGACAAGCGGGAAGAACCAGAGGUACAGAAUCUUGGCGAUGCUUCAAGGAAAGAAGGGACUGAUCUUGUGUUAGGAGAAUCGCCGCCCUCUAAUAUUUAUUGCCCACUCUCUCGGGGGAUUGUGGUGAAACAAGCCCUGCUCCAAGCACGACUAGAGCCGCGAUACCAGGCUAUCAAGAAUACAACACUUGGCAUCAUCUUCUUCGGUACGCCUCAUCGUGGAAGUGAGAAAGCGACAUACGGAAAAGUGCUGGUGAACUUUGCGCAGCUUAUAAGUCAUCGACCCCCUCCUCGUCUUAUGGCUGCCCUCCAAACGAACUCGGAUAUUCUUCUACGGUUGACCAGUGAUUUUCGCCAUCAGCUACCCGACUAUCAGAUAUAUAGCUUCUAUGAGCAGCGACCGAUGAAAGGGUUUUCCGGUCUGAUCGUGGAGAAAUAUUCCGCCUUACUUGAAGUGAACCAUGAAGAACAGAUCCCUGUCGACGCUGAUCAUAGUGCAAUGUGCAAGUUCGAAACAGAUAGUGAUGAUACUUUUGAGAAGGUGUAUAAGAGGGUCAAGCGGAUAAGGAACCACCAGCAACGCAUUGCGAGCGAGCAGUCGGUAACAUACAACAUACACUUUGAAGUCCCUCAUUUACUGAGCCCUGUCUUUACCGGCCGUGAUGAAGAAGUUGAACUUCUUACCACGUCAUUUGGCACUGGACAGUCACCCCAGAAUUGCAAUCAGCGGCGAUUUGUGCUUUUCGGUCUUGGAGGCUCUGGCAAAACACAGAUCUGCCUAAAAUAUGUGCAAAAAGAACGAGAGAGGUAUUGGGGUAUAUUCUGGAUCGACGCGAGUAGCAACGACAGAAUUCAGCAAUGUUUUGUUCAGAUUGCUCGUCUUCUCCAAGUGGAUGAGACUAUUGACAGCGUCAAACGAACACUGGCUAACAUCUCACAAGUCUGGCUCCUUGUGGUCGAUAAUGCCGACGACCCCGAGCUCCGAUUGGCGCCAUAUUUCCCGACGGGAAACCGAGGCAACAUCCUCAUCACCAGCCGCAAUCCUCAAUGUCAACAUUACCACACUGUUGGAUACCGGGAAGUAGGGCGACUCUCACUGGACGAGUCAAUGUCACUUCUGAGUAAGAUGAUAUAUCCAGCGACAAGCCCCUCGCAACAAGCUGCAGAAGAAGGCCAAAAAGUCGUCGAGAGUCUUGGCUACCUCGCGUUAGCUAUCGUGCAGGCUGGAGCCUAUAUUCGUGAAACCUCUUGCUCACUUUCCGACUACCUCGAACUCUACAGCAGACGUCGAAGAAAUCUCCUUCAGAAUAGACCAGACCAUCUUGGGACAGACUACGAAUACUCCAUCUAUGCGUCGUGGGAAGUAUCGGUUGAUAUAAUUAAAUCAAAGCGAGAUACGGUAUCCUCUCUUGCUCUCCGGCUAUUGAGUAUAUUUGGGUUCUACCACCACGAUCAGAUCCCGACUCAGAUGUUCUACAAUGCUUGGCAUCGGAUGCAGGCCCAAAUUCGUGAUGAUUCACCCUCGAAGUUUCCUGAUUAUCAACAGUUAAUACAAGCGUCGAUUUCCCUGCUUGCAUCGUUUUCGCUGAUUACAAGAAAUAUUGACACAUCAUUGUCCCUCCACCCUUUGGUGCAUGGAUGGUGUCGAGACCGAAUAUCUGAUUAUGAGGAGCAACAGCUAAACUACCGACGAGCACACUGGCUGUUGGCUAGCUCUGUGGCGUGGGAAUAUAAGACCGAGGAUUAUACGUUCCGCCGGUCAUUAGUGUUUCAUGUGCUUAAGAUUCGGCUCCAGCUUCACCAAGGCGAAUUGAGUGACAAGGAGAAAAUGUUGGGUUGGCCUGUACUGGCUCUAAUACUCGGGGAGAAUGGAGGGACGACGGAUGCUAUACAAAUGUUAGAAGAGGUACUGAAACUGCAGAGGAGCAAACUUAGCAACAACCAUCCUAACACGUUGAGUACCAUGAACAGUCUAGCAAAUCGAUACAGAGAAAUUGGACGACCAGUAGAGGCACUACAACUGUCAGAAGAGGUAGUGGACCUGCUGAAGACUAAGCUUGGGGAUGAUCAUCCUGACAAAUUGAGAUCAAUGCACAAUCUAGCAAUUCAAUAUAGCGAGGCUGAACAACAAGCGGAGGCACUACAACUGUUAGAAAAGAUACUGAAACUACAGGAGAGCAAGCUUGGCAACAACCAUCCUGACACGUUGGGUACGAUGAACAGUCUGGCAAAUCUAUACAGAGAAAUUGGACGACCAGUAGAGGCACUACAACUGUCAGAAGAGGUAGUGGACCUGAUGAAGACUAAGCUUGGGGAUGAUCAUCCUGUCACAUUGAGAUCAAUGCACAAUCUAGCAAUUCAAUAUAGUGAGGCUGAACAACAAGCGGAGGCACUACAACUAUUAGAACAGGUAGUGGAACUGCAGAAGAACAAGCUUGGGGAUGAUCAUCCUGAUACAUUGAAAUCGAUGCACAAUCUAGCGAUUAUAUAUGGCGAGGCUGGACAAGAGGCAGAGGCACUAGAACUGUCACGAAAGGUAGUGAAAUUGCAGAAGAGCAAGCUUAGGGAUGAUCAUCCCGACAUGUUGAGGUCAAUGCACAAUCUAGCAAAUCAAUAUCAUAACUCUGGACAACGAGCAAAGGCACUGCAACUGUUAGAAAAGGUAGUGGAACUGCAGAAGAGCAAACUUGGGGAUGAUCAUCCUGACACAUUGAGGUCAAUGCACAGUCUAGCGAUUAAAUAUUACGAGGCUGGACGACAGUCAGAGGCACUGCAACUGUUAGAAAAGGUAGUGGAACUGCAGAAGAGCAAACUUGGGGAUGAUCAUCCUGACACAUUGAGGUCAAUGCACAAUCUAGCGGUUAUGUAUAGAGAGGCUGGACAACAGGCAGAGGCACUAGAACUGUUACAAAAGGUAGUGAAACUACGAAAGAGCAAGCUUGGGAAUAAUCACCCUAUCACGUUGUCAUCGAAAAGGCUCCUGGUUCAUCAUUCCUUUCACGGUGCGGAUGAUGCUUUAUCGACAUCGGAGGCUUCACAUCGCCGAAAGCGUUCCAGACUCUCAAGUUCCUACGGUUUUGGUCAGGAAGGAAUAAGUAGCUCGGGGUCGGGACUGGUUACAGUACUGUCUCCUCCAAGACCAAAAUAACGUUGGUUAUAUUUGGGUCUUCCCUUGGCAAAAUGAGUCAAGAUUAUUGUAUGAUAGCUGCAGAUGCAGGUAUCCUGCUACGACAAAUAAUGGCUGGACGCCGAUCCAUGCAGCACUAAUCGUGGUUAUCUUGAUAAUUUAAGGCUCUUGUGUGGGCACGGUGCUGCUGUGGAUAUCCAUACAAUGCCGAAUGGUAGCUUAAUACUACUUUAAUAGAGUAGAGUAUAGUCCUUGUCGAAGGGAUUUCAAAAUAGCCCAAGUACUGAUCAAGCGAAAGUCGAGUGAGGUCUUCUGAGAAUCUCUACUCUCAGAAGG